CUGGGUGUCAUGGCGGACGUAAGGUGUAUAUGUCGUCUGCUCAUUGCAGUUCUUAGCGGGAUUUUAUUUCUGAUGUCGGCUGAAACUGGUCUGACGAUGUUCCAUUGACUUCCUUGUUCAUCUGUUGACUGGGUGUCAUGGCGGCUGACGUACAAUGGAUUGUUCGUCUGCUUGUAGGAAUUAUUGGUGGAGUUUCCCCCCUGCUGUCGGCUAAAAGUGGUGACCUGGAAAUAAUAGCCAAUGUAUCAUGGGGAGAAGCAUUGCACCAGUGUGGUGCUCGUGGUAGAAGACUUUACACUGCUACUGAUCCUGAGCCGCAACAAAAUGUCGGACCUGGUUAUUACUGGGUUGGUGCAAAAAUCCAGUAUAGUUCAUGGAUGUGGACAGAAAACAACGAGUCGUUGUUUCCUUACAUAGGACAAGUAAAUGCUUCACGAAUUGUGUCCAACAAAAGUAAUACAUACGACAUUCCCUACGACAAUCAAGCGAGUCGCUGUUUCUACCAGUGUCAAACCAAAAACCCAAAAUAUAUUGGAAUGCAGGAAUCGAACCUACAGCACCGAUUCGUGAAAUAUUUGACAGCCAGUGACCUUACCCACUCGGCCAACCAACAGUUCCACUAA